UGUAUCUCUCGACCUAAAAAGUCAUAUAAAAGACAUCUAAAAUUUCUCAACAUAACUCAGUCCGACUCGACAACACUAAAAUUGCGCUUCGUCUGCAUCACGACUACUGCUGUUUCGGGACGCCGUUGCUGUACCUCGUCAACGUUCGACUUUCCAACGAUCUUCUACUCUGCGGGUUGUCUUCUCAAUUUGCUCACUGCCAAUGGAGUCCGACAAAAACCUUUGGGAGCUCCCAUAUUACCAUGGAUUGCUACCGCGGGAGGACACUGUUGCAAUGCUGAAGGCGAAUGGCGAGUUCCUGAUCCGAAAGAGUGAGGAGAAUGCGGGCGAUGCAAGAACGUUCGUCCUGUCGGUCGUCUACGGCAACGUCAAGCACUAUAUCUUCCGUGAGGAGAAAGGACGCUUCUCCAUCGACUUCAAAUCAGACAAGGGCUACAAAUCAAUAAGGGAUUUCGUCGACAGCCAUAUGCAAAGCCGCCAACCCGUUUGCCUGGCCAGCCAUGUUAUCAUCACCAAGGCCAUUGGAAGGAAGGAAUGGGAGCUGGCACAUGCGGACAUUGUGAACGGAGCAAAGCUGGGAGCUGGUGCAUUCGGCAUUGUAAGGCGCGGAGAGCUCAAGAUCAGCGGCGGACAGACGGUUAAGGUAGCCAUCAAAGAGGCGACACUGACCAAGUGUACAAAGGAGCAGAUAAAGGAGUUCAUGAACGAGGCCCGUAUAAUGCGCAAGUUCAAGCAUCCAAACGUCAUCCAGUCUUAUGGUGUAGCCGUUGGUCAGGAGCCGCUGAUGAUUGUAAUGGAGCUCGCGACAAAUGGUGCACUGAAGGACUAUCUGCAGGAGAUCCAGAGGAGCCCAAGGAGCAAGCUGUACAUGUGUCUUGGAGCCGCUUCUGGUCUCAGCCAUGUUCACGAGAACAAUGUCGUCCACUGCGACAUCGCGGCAAGGAAUUGCCUUUACAGCGAACAAAAGGUCAAAAUUGCUGACUUUGGGCUCGCUCGUGAGCUGCUGCCUGGUGACACGGAAAUCAAGCUCGACAAGGAUCAAAAGCUCCCGAUCAAGUGGUUGGCACCGGAGACGAUGAGGGAUCGGGUCUGCACCAAGAAGUCGGACGUUUGGGCCUUCGGAAUCCUCUGCUGGGAGAUCUUUGCGAACGGCGGUAAUCCCUACCAAAACUUCGGCUCCAAUAACGACGUUGCAAGAAGGGUGAUAAUGGGUGACCGGAUGAAGUUCUCCGACGAAGCACCAGCGGAAUUCUGUGACUUCAUGACGAGGCAGGUUUGGGCCGGAGACGCCGACGACAGAAGUCCGAUGCAGCAAGUGCUUCUAUGGUUCGACAAUAACAUCAAGCGCAUGACCGACAGUCAAAGGAGCCGCAUGGACAACACGAGAGGAGGCAGCUCAAAACCAGCUCGUCCGACGUCAAAGGAGGGAACAACUGCGAAGGAAAAAAGCGGGAGGGAGAAGAAUGAAAGCGGGCGAGAUAAGAGUCAGAAGGGCAAGAAGGGACACCGGAAGGGAUGACGGGAUGAGGAAGCUCCUUGUGAUAUUCGAAUAUAGUAUUGUGAUUAAACUCAUCCACAUUUGUUUGUCAUCCCUAUAUAUUUGUAUGUAUAGAUAUAAUUGUGCCUAAAUAUAUUGUAGAUAUGUUUCUGUUCACAUUAUUUUUGUAAUCCUUUGAUGUAUUUUGCUGUAUUGUACAUAUUUGCUUGUGAUAAAGAACUGUUGUUAGUAUUUUUUGUGUUCGUUUCUUUAAUAUACCGUAUUUCUUCUAAAAUAGCACCCUCUCAAAUACAUAAACUCCCUCAGAGGUCGAUCGA